CAGAAGCCAAUCUUCAGAAACCAUCCAGCCACAACGGUCGCACAAAAUGGCAACGAAAAGCAGUAUCUCCUGGUUCCACAUGGCUCUGGUGACCUUCGUGGGCUAUCGAACUUUGGCCCUGGACUAUGAGGAGUGUGCCAGUGCCCCCAAGCUGGGUGUCUACGUGGCCAGCCACAGCAAUUGCUCCAAGUACAUUUACUGCGCCGGAGCGGGUUCCUUCGAGGCCGAGUGCCUGGCCGAGCACUACUACGACGAUAUCAAGGAGCGGUGUGUGGAUCGAGCCCUGGUGAAGCGAUGCCAGGCAAAGGGAUUGGAUUUGGUAGCCAGCACCACCGAGUCGCCAGCGAAUCAAGAGACUUUGACGGACUUGAUAGUCAAGACAACGAAAUCCCCACAGCCUUUGGCCAUAACCCUCCGCUUACUGCAGAAUGCCGGGCCCUGUUAUCCUUAUAUGGUCUGCUACGAGGGAGCGGGCCUGGCCAAGACCUGCACGCCCGCCCAGCUGGUGUCCUGCGUCCAAAGGCAACCGGCCAGAUCCAUCAGCAGCUGCAUCACCGGUGUCUACGGCUUCAUACCGCAUCCGCGCAAUUGCGCCUACUUCUACUACUGCUCCAACGGCUACAAGAUCAUCCAUCGCUGUCCCCUGAACUACACGUGGAACUACGAGCAGCGCUCCUGUGUGCAGAGAUCCCAGCAGAAGUGCUACAGCCAGGCACUAAGACUGCGGAAGCGAUAUCCAUCAAAGCCAUUGCCGAACACGGCACAAUGAUUGGAGGCCUUAUCAGC